AUGUGUCUGUACCUAAAACUGUGUCUCUGCAUGCUUUUACAGGCAAUACUUGGACUCCAGUCCUCUGGUAAAUAUGAUUUCUUUAACAUUACUGAUUUUUUAAAACAUAUUUUACAUCAAAUAUUUCUUGAUUCCCUAUUGAUUUUGUUAUGAGAAGUGUUGUAACACUUGUUUUUUACUCUAUUCAAAAGACCAUAGACCUACAAGAAUAUUUGCUUCAAUUAGAGACAGUGUGCGUUUACCAUGUGGUACAUCCUACAUCAAUUCCUGCUCCUCUGUUACCUGGAGUAUGGAGGAAAAUGGGUUUCAUAUCCAAUUAGUACUAUCAGGCAAGGUGGACGUGAAGGGUCCAAAGCCAGGAAGAGCCAGUCGACUGAAAAUGGGACAUGACUGCUCUCUACAAAUUCAACCUCUUGAAAUAGAUGAUGGAAAAGUUUACACCUGUGAAGAUGGGGCCACCAGUUCAAGGGUUUCUCUUCACCUUCUCAACAGUAUGUUACCAUUUAUGAUCAACCUAAAUUGUCCGUUUUUAUUCACACUAUUUCUGAGUGAGUGUUGUCACCAUAGUUUUGUUUUUUAUUUUUUUUAGUUACUCUGGCAACAGACACCAAUAUAGCACCAGAGAUGGAUAUCAAGCUCCAAUGUCACCUGAAUAUAUUCUCAGGCCUUGUCCCACAAUGCAACCAUAGUGAAAUCCAGCUGAAUUGGCUGAAUGAGGCCAAUACAGUGCUACAGGGAGAGAGAUUUCAAACCGAAAGUUAAUCUACUUGCCUCUCUAAACUGGCCAUCCGAGGUGUCAAGAAGACAGACCAUCACAGGAAGUGGCGGUGUCAACUGAUUGAAGGAGAGGUUGUGAAGACGUCCCUCAGCUAUACCAUAGAAAUUGCAGGUACUUUUGUAACUAUGUAUUAUUGCAGCAUAUUUGCGUUAACACAGUAGUAUAUUGCAACCAAAUUCCCCUCACUCCUCUCUCUCUCUCUCUCUCUCUCUUUCAGGAGGUAUAGUGGAAGUGUUUGUCUUGAGGUGGGCAGCAGAUUCCAGUGGAUUCUGGGUCAAAGAUCACUGUCCAGUCUGUCUCAGUCAGGUGAUGUCUUAGCUGGAACUCAGGGUCACCUCCCUGCAUCUCUCAUCAGCCAAGACGGGUCUUUGGUCAUCAGCAAUGUGAAAACACUGCAUUCUGGGCUCUACAACUGCUCGCAACAGAACAGAAUCCUACUACACACUCUGGAUGGUGAGUGUCAAUGGGUUGUAUCACUGAGACAUACAUACGUGUCUUACACUAUGAAUAAACUUAGUAAAUGAGGGUAACGGCACAAUGUACACCACUGCUUUGUCCUCAGUAUCUGCAGAGUAUGCUACCCCAGGCGGAAACAAUCUCACCCUGACCUGCUCACUCACCUGUGUGGAAGAUGGUAGAGACUUCCAUUUGACCUGGACUCACAGUGGCCAGGAUGGGUUGCAGAGUGGUCCUAUAGGACACAACAACACCCUCAUCUCCAAACUCUUCCUUCCUGACCGCCAGGGCACAGAGAAGAUAGCCUGCACCGUGCUCAGAGAAGGGGUUGAAAUGGCUGUGAAGGAGUGGACCAUCCAGAGCGGUAAGACUUUUGAAAGUAGUUUGGUACAAUGCAUGGCCAUGAUCUGUGUUGAGGCUAUAUUAUUUCAUUACUGUGAUGUUGUGAUAAGAUAUUGAGUUGUAAUACAGUCUCUGUGACUUGGUACGUCUUUGCAAAUAGGUCAUGUACUACCUGCGGUGAUAUGGUCAGUCCCCCUUUUGCUGCUGUUGCUCUGUGCUGUUAGAAUAAGGGGCAUGUAUUGUAAGAGGCAGGGCAAGGGAAGUGCCGCCGGUACAUAUGUGUUCAUGUGUGUUAGAUUGUGUGUGUUACAAAAAACUGCAAUUUUGAUGUUGCAUCCUUGAUAAAACCUACAGUAAUGACCAGCAGUGAAAAGGAAAGACAUACCAUCCUAAUUACAUUUAUGUGAAAUAAAGCUGAUAUUUGUCCCCCUUUACCUACAGAAGGAGAAGAACAGCAGACACCUGUUGGAAUG